AUGGUUUCAGUAUUAUCAGGUUCUUUAUUAUAGAUUAUUAAAGGUAUUGCUAAAAUGGACAUUUUUGGAUAAAUGGUCUUUUUACGAAUGAAUAAAUAAGCAUAUUAUAAAACUGUUAUGGGUGGCUGUGCUUCUAUUGGUGUCAUGGCAAUAAUGAUCCUCAUAUUCAUCACUAAUUUCAUUACAUUUAUACAAAAAGAGUCAUUAAAGGUUAUUUCAAUAUCAGAGUAUGAUGAUGAAGUCGAUAAUAUUGCUUUUAAUAACUCAAAUUUCUUUUUUGCAGUUUAGAUUGAAUAAGAAAACUUUAUCCAAAACCCAUAUUUUAAUAUUACUUUAUAGUAAAAGUAAUCCUUCUAUUUACAUUAUAGAACUUACUAUCGAAAUCCAUAAGGGGAUCUUGAAAAAAAGAGUGAAUCUUUAGAAUUAGUUCCAUGUACGCUAGAUCGUUUUUAUUAAAUUUUUUAGCAAAAUGAUGUCAAUUUCACUUAAUAAUUUUAAUAACUUCGAUUAUCGGAUUUUCUCUGUCCAUAGUAUUUUAUUGAUUUCAAACUUUUAGGAUAAAUACUGAAAUUCAUCUUGGAGGAACCUAAUCAAGUAAAUUUCAUUUUCAUUUAAAUUCUUAGGUACUUUAUUCCACUUUAUUGACCUCUCUGUUUUAAAAUGCUAAAAUAAUUCAUCCAAUAUUUGGUAACCAAUAUGUCGUUUACCUUCUCAACAUACUUUUAAAAUUAAAUUAUUUACAGUUAAUUAAGUAUAUCACAUAUUCUAAUAGAUUAUAAACCCAUAUAAACCAAAAGAUUCUUAUAUCCAACCCUUUUUAGAUGAUUCAUUUUCCUUUACAUUUAACCUCAAUUUAACUAAGUCUGUUAAUGCUUUCGUAACCAAAUAUGAUUUUCUUAACGAUGAAAGUCUACUACCUAUAAGGUAUAUAAUUAUUUUCCCUUUUAGCCUUAUUGAGGAAACUUCAGUUUUUUUAUUAGACUCUAGUGAUGUUUAAUAAGAUUAUUUUGAAAUGUAUGAAGACUCUUAUGUUAAAUUGCUUCUUCGUAAAAAACCUUUUAAAACUAAAUUUUAAAGACAAUAUCAAAAACUAGAUGAAUUACUCUCCAAUAUUGGAGGUAUUUUAUAAAUUUUCUCUUUUUUUAUUGGAUUACUAGUCACUAUUUAUAAUCGAAUCAAUUGUAUUUCUUAUAUUUACUUAUAGAUAUGGUUGAAUUGGGAAAUAAAUUAUAUGAUUUUAGUAUAGAUGAUUCAGAUCAAAAGAAAAUUUAUUAAGAUAAUCUUAAAAUUCUAACAGAAACUCAACUUAAUGGCAACAUUGUUUAAAAUUCUAAAUUAUUUCUACCUAAUUAAAAGGCUUUAAUUACAGAUGAAAACAUUAUUCUCUCUGAUAGUUAAACUCAACCAUUUAAAUAAGAUUUAAGUUAAUUAAUUUUUUUAUUUUAGAAUUAACUACCAAAUUAUGUUGUUAAUCCGGAUUAGAUUAUUUUUAAAACUAAUUGUAAAAAAUAUUUGAGAAAAAAAAACCAAUAAAUUUAGAUUGUCAUAUUUUUCUUAAUUUUAUCACAUGCAAUAAAUUAUUUAGAGAUAUUCCAAAAGUUAAAUUAAUGAAUAAAGCAUAGUAAUCCUAUUAUUAAUUUUUAGUGAUUAGAUUAUUCAAUAAUAAGAUAUUUAUUCUCUUCUAACGAGAUUGAAUGAAAUUGAUAAAUUGAAAGAAGUACUUCUAACUCCAAAAUAAUUGGUCAUGUUUAAUUUUACCCCUAAACCAUUGAUAACAUUAGAAGAUGAAGAUCUUAAAAUAGAUAGAAAUUUCGUAGAAAGCUAGAUCAAAACACCAUAAGAUAAGUACAAAUAUAUUAAUAUAUCUUUAAGUAAAGGAGAUAUGUUAGUUUAUACGAAAAUGAUGAUGAAGUUGAAAAGAAAGAAUUAAAAUGGAAAAAACCAUGAAUCAAUAAGAACUAAAAAAAGAUCAAGUUUUAUCCCUCAACCUCUUAAUAAUUAUGUGUAUUAAUAAAUAUAUAAUGUAAAAUUGUAUUACAAAUUUAGGCAUAUGAUGAGAUUGUAAAAAAGAAAUGUGAAUCCUAAUCUGAAACUCUAAAUUCAUAACUGAUAUAAAUGUUAGGAACAGAUUUAGAAUUAAUUUUUUAAAUUUGUUAAAAAAUUGAUGAAGAUAGAAAACCAAUUACCAAAUUUCAUCAGAAAUUGAAAUCCUCUAUUUGUUAAAAAAAGAGUCUUAUAAAAUAAGAUCUUGAAAAUUAAGAAAACAGUACAUGA